ACCUUCAAUAUUAACUUGUACUGGAUCAACUAGGAAUAAGAACGGAAGAUUGUAAUUUGUGAUUGUGGUGCGUGUCGUCAUUAGCGAGUGGCUGUGAUGGACUGACGAUCGACCGUGUUCGAGUCGCGCUGUCUCUUCAAACCACUCUCUCCUCGAUACCCAACACCUUUCGUCGUCAUCUCUUGAAGUUGCCCGCUUUCAUACCGCGCAUACACCCGUCCAGAGUUGAGCAUAACAAGUCAGGAUCUAGCUCGGUCUAAGUAGCGGGUGGAGACUAGUGUUGAAGUGGAGCUGACGACAGGCGUCUAUGUCAUUCUCGAGCACCAUCCCGCCAGUCGCCUGAUAAAUCACGCUCCAUAUCUCAACAACUCCUAGGCCAACACAAUGCACGUCCCACUGAUAGGACGUCUCUCCAUCAGGGAGUACACCGCGCUCAUCGCCGGCUUCUCCCUCCUCGCCGUCGAAACCAUCCUGCGCUUCAUCAUAUUCUUUCUCCCCAAACCCGUCAUCAACUGGUUCUACGACCGCUCUCGGUUCCUCUUCCACCGAUUUGCGGCCCCGCGCAAGCCGACGUCCAAAGAACAGUCCACCUCCCAUGCGAUACGCAUGGCAAGGGACUUUGGAGAACUGUGCGCACUGUGGGAGUACGAGUACGAGGAACACGUCGUUCUCACCAAGGAUGGGUACUUGCUUGGCCUGCAUCGCUUGCCAGCGAAGAGGAGGCAGGGGCGCGGGACGGGGACGAGCACGGGCAAGCCGGUGGUGUAUCUCCAUCACGGGCUGUUGAUGAACAGCGAGGUGUGGGUUUGCUUGACGGAGGCCGAGAGGAGUUUGCCGUUUGUACUUGCGGAACAGGGCUUUGACGUGUGGCUAGGCAACAACAGGGGGAACAAGUAUUCCAAGAAGUCUAUCCACCACGACCCCAACUCGACGCAAUUCUGGAACUACUCCAUCGAUGACUUUGCCUGGCAUGACAUACCAGACUCGAUCCAGUACAUCCUCGACAUCACUCGAGUUCCGAGCCUUAGCUACAUCGGUUUCAGCCAGGGCACGGCACAAGCACUCGCGGCGCUCAGCAUUCAUCCGCCUCUCAACGAGAAGGUCAACGUGUUCAUUGCCUUGGCGCCGGCUAUGAACCCUGCGGGUUUGAGCCAGCCAAUCGUGGAUGGCCUGAUGAAAACAUCACCAACGCUCAUGUACCUCCUCUUCGGGCGCAAAGCCAUACUUUCCUCGGCGCCGAGCUGGCAGGCGAUCCUCUACCCGCCGAUUUUCACGUGGGUCAUCGACGCGUCGCUUACGACGCUGUUCAACUGGCGCUCGCGCAAUAUCGCCCCCGAGCAGAAGCUCGCUGCGUACGCGCAUCUCUACUCGUUCGCCUCGGUCAAGUCGGUCGUACAUUGGUUCCAGAUCAUGCGCGAGGCUGCGUUCCAGAUGUACGAUGACGACGUGUCGGCGUUUGUGAGCCCGCAUGCGCCCGGGGCGUAUAGGGCGUACAGGCCGGCGCGGUUUCCGACGAAGAAUAUCAGUACCCCGGUGGUGCUGCUUUAUGGCGACGCGGACAGUCUGGUGGAUAUCGAUGUGAUGCUGAAGGAGCUUCCGGCGCAUACGAUUGCCAAGAGGUUGAGGGGGUAUGAGCACUUGGACAUUUUGUGGGGGCAGAACGUGGAUGAGGACGUUAUCCCGGAGGUGUUGAAUGCGCUCGGGAAGUAUGCGGAUGUGCCCGAGGAGCAGGAGGACGCGGAUGUGGGGACGGGUAAGAUCAGCAUGGACCGGUGAUGUCGAUGGAUAGUGAACAUGUUCAAUGGACGAUCAUGCGAUAGUGGUAUAAACUCAAGUACACUUCUAGUACAUAGAAACCCUGUAAUGCAUACGUAUGUAGCUCGCGCUAUAAUAUACCCAAUCGUGGUAUUUCGUCAUGAGUCUGACCGCGAACGUUUUUUCUUCGAAGGUUUCUCCACGGCCGCUCCUCCUUCCUCCUCGCCUCUCUCCCUCGAACGCUUGUCCUUCUUCCGCUUCUUCUCCCGCUUGCUCCCGUCUGUGUCCACAUCAGCGGCCACAGGCGACUGCUCCCCGGAGGUGUCCUCGACGUCAGUGGACUUUUUGGAUUUGCGCUUCUUGACCGUGGGCGCUGAAGCUGGAGUCGAGGCAUUAUCCUCGCCUUCGUUUGUGACAGCGGGAGCGGAGCCCUCAGGCUUCUGCUUGUUCUUUUUACGUUUCUCUUUUUUCGAUGACUUGUCCUCCUUGCCCUCGUCGACAGGAGCGAUUCGUUCCUCGAGUGCCUUCUGCUUGUCCUUUUUCCGCGAUUUAUCUUUUUUCUCCUUCUUUUCCUUUGAUGGUUUAGGCGUCGAUUCUGACAGCGGCGGAGCAGUAUCAAGGAAGGGAGAAGAAGCCACCUCGGCGGCCGCAGCUGCGGUAGAUGAAGAGGCCAUCUCGAGCACAGUUGCGUGCGAGGAUGCAGAGGUGGUGAAGAACUGGGCGAAUGCGCUGGAUUUCAUGCCUAGUCCAGCACGAGGAGCUGCGUCGUCAUCGGGGCGCGAGGAAGACGAGGCGCCGAGCCCAGCGCGGCGAGGGGUAUCUUCUUCAUCGUCCUCGAGGGUGCGAGUUUUGGAUCCGAGCCCGAGUCUGGGUAGGACGUCGUCUUCUUCUUCAGCGUCGGAAGAGGGGGUAGAGGUUUUGGUCAAGGGAGAAGGGGCGGAGCUCGCUCCGCCUGAGCGAGCCGCGAGCUUGGCUUUGAAGUAGUCGGCGACGCUGGUGCUCGAAGUGGUGAGCUUUUCGAGAGGCUCUGAAACAUCUGCUGGGGCGGGAGUUUGCGAACCGCUGGCGCUGGGGGUGCCUGGGGUGGUCGCAGGUACGGAGGAAGGCUGGGAUGUGGACGCAGAGGUAGAAGGGAGAGGAGCGAUGCCGAGGAUUUCGGAGAUGGCUGCAGCAGAUUUAUUGGCGAGACGUUUGGAGGCUUGUAGGCGGGCACGAUGUGCCAUGGGUCGACCUUUAACAUGGGCUGUAGUUAGAUUUGUGGUCGUUGUAGUGGUGGCUAUGGUCGUGGUCGUGGUCGAGAUCUCUACAGGUGCUGUAGCAGGCGUUUCGUCUGGUGAAGAGGACUCGGAUUUCUUCUGCUUCUUCAGCUCCUUGGCCUUGCGUUUUUCCUCCUUCCGUUUCUUGCGGGCCUCCUUAUCCUCCUUCUCCUCCCCGUCGAGACCUGCGUCCUUACUCGACCGCUUUUUCGACCUCUUUUCCUUCUUCUCCGCCUUCCCGUCCACCUCGGCCGCCGCAACCCUUGCACUAGACCCAUCAUCGCCCUCUCCCCCAAGUUCACCUGCUCCCGCGCGAUCGCCGCCCUCGCCUCCGUCGCCUUCUUCGUCUGAAUUUUGUAUGGGCGUAGCAGCGUUGCUCUCGUUUAGUCGGCGAAGGAGAGCUUCGAAGUCUUUGUUCUGCUUCCAUGCGAUCCCGUGCGGGUCCCGAGCGUGCGCAGCGCCGAUCCCGAGCAUGUCGAGCUUGUGAGAGACUUUGAGGUGCGACUUCAUGCCUUCGCCAGAGGCACCAAGGCCCUGCGAGGGGUCCCAGCCUAGCUUGGAGAGGUAGGCCUGUCCGAAGCGGGCAGCAUCAUCUGACCAGGUGAGGUUGCGAGGGUCGUUGGGGAUGCGCUGCUUGGUUUUGCGGCCUGCGAGUCCCAUCGCUGCGCUUAGGGGAGUGCGACGAAGAUGGAGGAGGGAAGGA